AUGUCUAUGAACAUAGCCUCCCCCUUCUCUCCUUACCCGAGCUACGUACUCGGCACAGGCCUCACUUUCAUAGGCCUUCUAGGCUUCGUCCGGCCCCUGGCAAUCUACGACGCCUUCGGCAUCGCCAGACCCCUCUCCGCAGAAGCCGAGGCUUUUAGCUAUGCCAAAUCAGCGCGCGAUCUAGCUACCGGGUUGCUGUUUCUCGGGCUCGAGACGUAUCAGGAGGGAUGCGGCAAUGAAGACGCGGUGACUGCGUUAUUGGCCGUUACUUCGCUUGUUGGAAUCAUGGAUUGGUGGAUUGUUAGGACGAUGGGUGGAAAGGGAGGACGAGGAGAUGGGGGGAAAGCUUUGACGCAUUUGGGUAGUGGGGUUGUGAUUGGGAGCUUCGCCAUUUGGAGGUGGAUACUGAUUUACCCUUUGAUUCAUCUGGCGCGCUUAUAUGUGCGAGCCUCAAGCCUUAUCCUUGUCGACGAUGAUCCUGGGCGAGACCCUGAUCUGCCAGUCGCUAAUAUUGUGGUAACCACCUUACGUCCGGAGCGCCCUCGACAGGAUCUUGUACUCGCCGCUCUCGAUCGCACUGCCGUGCGAGAAGUUGCCGCUCGGCCACCAGGUACUCGAGGGCAGGCGCGGGUACUGUUGAACGGGGGCAUCAAAGUAGGCGUCCAAGAUGAGGUUGUAAUGCUGAAGGGAGCCAGGGUAUUUGUGCUAGCCCGGAACACAGGGACCAGCGCAUGUCACCCGCAGAGACUCGUCGUUAAAGCCGAUAAUAUUGAUGUAUCCGCUAUAGAUCGGGAAAAGCUUCGCAUCAAUACCGGCAGGUUCGAUGAAAGUCACCGUCAGAACCCCAGUCGUACCAAGAGCUACAUCAAGUGCAGUCGCCGAGAACUUGACCGUGGCCACCUCGCCCUCGUUCGAGGAGUACGGGAUCGGAGGGAAAGUGACCACGGGAUCGGAAGCGGGCUCAGUGGAGAUGAUGGAGUGGUCUGUGUCGUUCAAAUUGAUGACGGCGGAGGUGAUGGAUGUCUUGUAGGUUAUGACCUUUAA